CUGAAUAUACCCAGAAGUUAAGGUCUUACUCGUCAGUGGGUCGUCCAGUAUCUAUAAUAGCCAUUAUGGAUCACAUCCCCCAUUCACUUAUAUCACAAACCCCCCAGUUUACAUCAAAGAUUUUGGUUUCCACUCCGCCUUCAUUUUUUUCAUCGGCACGAUUCCAACCAUUCUCGAUUGCCUUGUCGACGUCGACCUGUCCAAGAAGCUCAUCGCUCAGACCAUUGCAUGCCUCGGAAAUUAUUCUGGAUCAGAAAGACUGGCGGAACCUAUGUCUUUGAUUCCACUGAAGAUGGCUUGGGACGUUAUCAAGAUUAGUAGGUCGCACCGAGGUUUGGUAGUUCACUAGAUAACCUCGCUGACGUACUGUUACCCUCGUCCAAUUACGGUGACUAUGGAGGAUAUCUUCCCUCAAGCAAAUUUGAUCGGCGGAGGCAAAUGGCUGUUACCUCGCCACAGGUUUGCCAACAACGCUCAAGAACAUGUCACAGACCACUUUUCCGUCUCUGACGUCGUUGCGAUUUUCCUCGAUGGCUGUCCGAAUGACGCUUGUUUUACCCAGCCCGCUUUCUUAGACAAUUCGUGGUUUUCCAAUGAUGGGAUGAUUCUUUCUGGGGUUCUUGCGAGCAGAACGGGUCGCGAUGUCCGACCACUGGGGAAUGCUGGAGUCCCGAUUUGUCUAAAGUACCAUAGUAUUGCCCCUGGUGCUGCAGCUCUACAUGUGGUAAAUGCACUGAUCCUCGAUAAUAUAAUAAUGAUGUUUCACUUGUUCAUUGAAGUGAACACGACGUUGCUUCCAGGAUGGGCGUGAGUUAAAGAGGGCUAUCUGUGUUGAGCUCCAGCGUUAGUUGCUUAGUACUGGACGAGGACGCCAACUUACCGUUACUACUGAUUGGCGUGUUAUCCACCAAAGCUUGCUAAGCAAUGGCUUUUCCCUGGAGAAUUCCGUGAUGUUGGAUUCAUCCCAUAUGCUAAGUUCCCUCUUAAGUGAUGGCUUCGGCCAAAUUUGUCUUGGCUGGC